CAGGAUUCAUACAGUCCUACAGGAAGUGAGUGAGUUGGUUGUGUUAUGAAAGGAGGAGAUAAAUGUUUUGCUCUAUGUAUCACUUGGCCACUCGAGAGCAGAGGGACUAUCUCAGGACACUAAAGCGAGGAUUAUCCUGAUAUAUGGGACAAAACAGUUUACAGUGCUCCAAAAUGACCCAGGUCAGUGUUAUUGUUGUGGGGUCUGGUAGCAGAGGUGACAACUACUCCAACUAUGCCACCAUCCACCCUGAUCGCACAAAGGUUGUGGGGGUAGCUGACCCAAGAAAGUUUGCCCGCACAAAACUUCAACAAAAACACAAUAUUGAAAAAGAAAAUGUAUUUGAAGAUUGGGAAAGUAUGGCUGUAAGAGAGAAAUUUGCAGAUGCUGCUUUAAUUUGCACUCCAGACCGUCUUCACAAGGAUCCUGCUAUAGCCUUUGCAAAGAAGGGUUAUCAUAUCCUUCUGGAGAAACCAAUGGCUACCACUCCUGAAGACUGCAGAGCGAUCGUAGAUGCUUGCGUUGAGAGUGGGGUGAUACUUUCUGUGGGCCACGUUCUGCGCUAUGAUCCCACCAUCCACAAGAUCAAGGAGCUCAUCGAGGAAGGAGCCAUUGGAGAUGUGAUCCAUAUUCAGCACUUAGAACCAGUUGGCUUUUAUCACUUUGCACAUUCUUUCGUUCGAGGAAACUGGAGAAAUGAGGCAGAGAGCUCAUUUGCACUUUUGGCCAAAUCAUGUCAUGACAUCGACCUCAUACAUCACUGGGUAGGGGCACGGAGGUGUGUCAAGGUGUCAUCAUUUGGAUCUCUUAGUCAUUUCAAAAAGGCACACAAGCCAACAGGUGCAGGAGAGCGCUGCCUUGAUUGUCCCAUAGAGCAAGACUGUUCAUAUUCUGCAUCUAAAAUAUAUCUGGACAGAGUAAAACAGGGUCACACUGGCUGGCCUGUGUCGGUCAUCUGCCAAAACUCUUACCCCGACAUCGAGUCUGUGACUGAAGCUCUGAGGAGCGGACCAUAUGGGCGCUGUGUUUACGAAUGUGACAAUGAUGUGUGCACAAAUCAGGUUGUGAACAUGGAGUUUGAAGGUGGAGUGACAGCAGCAUUUUCCAUGGUGGCUUUUACAGAAAAGAUUUGCCAAAGGCAGACAACUGUCUAUGGCAGCAAGGGAGAGCUCUCUUAUGAUGCCAAUGGGGUGCGAGUGUUUGACUUCCUGACUCAGAGAUCAACUAAACAUAACCCAAGCAGCGAUGCCCCAAAGCACUUUGGGAUGAACGGACACGGAGGAGCAGACUACCACCUCAUGGAUGCAUUUAUUUCUGCUGUGGCUAACAAUGAUCCAUCCUUAAUUCGCUCUGGACCAAAGGAGACGCUGCACAGCCAUCUGCUGGUGUUUGAAGCGGAGCGCUCCCGGGUCCAAGGCAGAGUGGUCUACUGUGAUGAUAAUGACAGGAAAGGAAAUUAAUAUUCACAUUUUAAAGGAGCACUAUGUAAUAUUGUAUGGUUUGUAACAUUCUGGUCUCUAUGGAGUUAUGUUAUUGCUAUUAAUUUUUAUUUCUAUGUUUAUUCAAUUACAAUUAUUCAGUUACUUAAUGCAAUGCAACUAAGAAAAAUCUUAGGUGGCAUCUGAGCAGGUGGCAGACUCCUCACUAGAAGCGUUACAUGCAUGAAGUCCAUGAACUGGGCAGAACAGCAUUUUCCUAUGCUGCUCCGUAGGGUUGAAACAAUAUUCAAAACUCUUUGCAUCUACAGGAACUGAUUUUUUUAAAAAUACUGUAUCUAAGGAGAGUUUAACUAAAAUGUGCAGAUGUGUGUUAUUCUUGAACUGGACAUUUUAUAUUUUUAACAUAUUUUAGACAUUUUACUUUUGAAAUUGUAAUUAAUAUUUUUUACCCUCUCUACCGGGGUGCCUCUUGGUCAAGUCUGCCUUGAAAAAAAAUAUUAUUUCAAGGGACUGUAAAGGUUAAAUACAUACAAAAUAAACAUAGUGCCCUUUUAAGAACUUCUGACACUAAUAGUCAAUGUAAUCAAUGACCAAAAUAAUAAAGAAAAGAAAGGGGACUUUAUCUGGGACUUGAAUACACUGCAAUAAUUUCUCAGGGAUUUACAAUGUGCACUGAAACUAUGAUGCUCUUAUAAUACAAUGUAAUUAAAAAUGUAUAUAUAUUUUUGAUGAAA